AUGGUGUCGAAUUGUGCGAUAAGAUUUAAAAGGUUGCUCGCAGUUUGCACGAUCGCGUCGAUUUUUAUCGGGAGUUCCCUUGGUCAGGAAGUCGAGAAGGCUCCGGAGGACUUCCGGUACAGAGAGGACCCCGUGGCGGCUGCCAGUGAACACGACGGUGGAGGCAAGCAUGAGGAGAAGGGUGGCGGCACCGAGUACGAAGAAGAUCAUCGUAGCUUCGACGAGGAGAAGGGUGACAAGGGCUACAAGGUCUUCCACGAGUUCGACAAAGGUGAGAAGGGUCACCAUGACAAGGAGGAUCACGAACAAAGGUACGACGAGAAGAAGGGAGAAAAGGAAAAGAAGCAUGAUCAGGCAGAUCACUAUGACGAGAGUCAUCAGGGCGAGGAAGGCGAGAAAGGCGCGAAAUUCGACGAGGAGGGCAAGCACCAAAAAGGAUACAGCACUAAAGGAGAACACAGUGUCUUCAAAAAGGACGAGUAUGAAAAGAAGCACGAUUUUUACGACGAGUAUCACGAAGAUGGGGAGCACGAGAAACAUGGCGGAUACCAUCACGAGCACGAAGGAAAGAAGGGUGGCCACGAGAAAAAGGGACACAGGGACUCUGGUCGUCACGAGGAUCAUCAUGGUAAGAAGAAGAAGCACGAGGAGGGCCAUCAUCAUCGCAAGCAGAAGGGUCGCAAGCAAGAAGAUGGUCAGGACAGUCAUCAUCGAUACGAUAAGAAAUACGGAAAGAAGGGUGGUCAGGAAUCAGGGAAAAAAUGGUUCGCCAGCAGUGGUCAUUAG